CAAGCCGAAGUAACAUCAGAGGUCAUGAAGACAGCAGUCGACAAAAUGCAAAAUGAAGUUGAUCUCAUCGGUGAUGGUUCACAGGCUCAUAGUCUCCAAACUACACAAGGCAGACACAAGGAUCUCAAAUCUGUGACUCCAUAUACAGUCAGUCAGCUUCUAGCAGGAGAGUACGAUGACGUCAUUUCCAGCUACAGGGUCAUUGACUGUCGUUACCCAUAUGAGUAUGAAGGUGGUCACAUUGAGGGUGCCGAGAACCUUCACACCCACGCUCUGAUCACAGACUUAGUGACCAGUCUACAGGGGAGGGACUCCACUCAACGGAACAUCCUGGUUUUCCACUGUGAAUUUUCAUCAGAGAGAGGCCCGAAACUAUUGAGACUUCUCAGAAACCUUGACCGGAAGCAGAACAGUGACCGUUAUCCCUUCCUCUUCUACCCGGAAGUAUACCUGUUAGAUGGCGGAUACAAGGCCUUCUAUGAACAACAUCAGUCUCAGUGCAAUCCAAGAAAUUACGUCCCCAUGCUGCACCAGGAUUACUCCAAACAACUACGUCACUUCCGAGUAAGGUCCAAGUCAUGGACAGCAGGAGAAAAACAGAGCAUGCGCAGUCGACGUCUCAUAAUAGAUUCGUCUCCGCUUAAGAUGUCUCCAUGGUAA